AUGGCUGCCGUCGGCCUGCUGCUGUUGCUGCUGGCGGCGGCGACGCCUGUCUGCGGCGGGAGUCUGGUGGCUGUGAACUCGGGCGUGGAGGUCACUAGGGGUCGCUCGGUGUUCGUCACAGAGAGGGAGCUGAAGAUCAGCGUGGGCCCGACCGCAGACUGUAAGGUGGAGGUGGUGAUGAACGAACCCGUCAGUCAGAGGGUGGGGAGGCUGACCCCGCAGGUGUUUGACUGCAGCUUCCUGGAGGACGAGGUGAAAUACGUCCAUGACGGCAGUCCUCUGCUGGACGAGGACACAGUGAUGCUGAGAGUCUACAGGUUCACAUCCUCAGACACGCUGGUGGAGACGGUGGUUCUGCAGGUUCUGGUGGUUGACUCGGGGUCCAGCGUGGUGGAGCUGGGCACCUCUCCGCUCGUGGUCCCUCUGUUCUAUGGUUUAUCCAACGCCAUCGACGGCUCCGUCCUCAACAUCCGGACCACGCCGGACCUGGUCUGCAUCGUCAGGCUGAUGACCACCGACACCAGCGUCCCCGCUCUGGGUCAGCUGGUGAGGGAGGAGGACUCCACACAGAGGAAGGGCAGAGAGACGGUGGCGCUCUGUCCCGGAAACAGACCCUGUCGUCAUGACACCAAGGAGGUACGUUUCCUCAAAACCAGCUGCCAGGACUUCCUGAGCUCCGGUCUGAAGUACCAGCACCUCAGCCCUCCGUCACCGGAGAUCGACUACAUCCCCAUCAGGGUGGAGCUGAGGGAGCAGGGCACCAGGGCUCUGCUGGAGGCAGAGUCGGUGUGGUUGCCGGUUCUGAUCCAUGGCGCAAUGCAGAACCAGCCGCCCCAGGCCGCUUUCAUGGCCUCCUUCAUCCUCGAGGUGGACCAGUUCAUCCUCACCCCUCUCACCACGGCCUCCCUGGACGCCAAGGACCAUGAGACGCCGCAGGAGAGGCUGGUUUUCAACGUGAUGGCCCCGCCUGCUGAGGGCUACGUCACCCACCUGGAUGACCACACCAAGCCCAUCACGUCCUUCACGUGGCUGGACCUCCACGAGAUGAAGGUGGCCUACCAGCCGCCCAACAGCAGCCAAUCAAACCGCAGGAACUACGAGGUGGAGUUCCAGGCUAUAGACAGUUCCUACAUGACCAGCCCACCCAUUGUGGUCCACAUCUCCAUCAGGGUGGCGGAAACAAACGCCCCCAGAGUCUCCUGGAACAUGGGUUUGGACCUGCUGGAGGGUCAGUCCCGACCAAUCACUUGGGAGGAGCUGCAGAUAGUGGACAACGACAACAUCGAUGCAGUCUAUCUGGUGGCUGUGGACGGGCCUCUUCAUGGACGCCUUAGCGUCAGAGGCGGGAAGGCGUUCAUGUUCCGCGUACGGGACCUGCGGGAGGGCGUGGUGGUCUACCACCACUCGGACAGCGACACCACGCGCGAUCACGUCGUGUUCCGCAUCAGCGACGGCCUCCACAGCAUCCGCCACAGGUUCCCCAUCAACGUGCUGCCCAAGGACGACUCGCCGCCGUUCCUCAUCAACAACGUGGCGGUGGAGGUGCGGGAGGGCGGCGCCGUGCGGCUGGAGGAGUACUUGCUGCUGGCCUCCGACCUGGACUCCAACGACGACUACAUCCUCUACCAGGUGAGCUCCGCCCCCCGGGCGGGGCAGCUGGUCCGGAAGACCUCCGCCCACGAAACAGGAGAUCCUGUGGACAGUUUCCUACAGAGAGAUCUGAUCCAGGGUCAGAUCUACUACCAACACUCGGGAGAGGAGCAGUUCGAGGACUCCUUCGACUUCACGCUGUCUGACAGCCACCAGCCGCCCAACCUCUCCCAGACAUAUACGGUGGUGGUCCACGUCUUCCCGGUGAAGGACCAGCUGCCGGUGGAGGUCUCCGGCAGCGUUCGCUCUCUGACGGUGAAGGAGACCGAGGUGGUCUACGUCACCCAGGCUCACCUCCACUUCACGGACAGAGAGCAUCCUGACGCGGACCUGACCUAUGUCAUCACGCAGCCCUGCUUCAGCCCACUGCAUCCUGGGCUGAUGGAUGCAGGACGUCUGUUCUACACAGACAGCGCCAACAGCAUGAAGAGAGACCACAUGGUGCCGGUGUUAAAGUCCUUCACACAGCAUGCAGUGCACCACAUGAAAGUGGCCUUCAUGCCCCCCGUGGAGGACAUCGGUCCGGAGCCGCUGUUCGUCCAGUUCAUCUUCUCCGUCAGCGACCACCACGGCGGCACCGUCUCCGGCCUCUUCUUCAACAUCACCAUCACCCCCGUAGACGACCAGGCGCCAGAGGCCUUCACCAACCUGCUGCGGGUGGAGGAGGGCGGAGGGGCCUUCCUGACCGAGGAACACCUCCUGGUUCAGGACCGGGACAGCCGGGAGGAGGCUCUGAGGGCGGAGGUUCAGACGACGGCUCGCCACGGUCGGCUGGAGCUGCAGGGCCGAGCGCUGCUGCAGGGAGACGGAUUCACCCUGCAGGACCUGAGAGGACUCCGAGUCAGGUACAUCCAUGAUGACUCUGAGACCACCGAGGAUGAAGUCCAUCUGAAGGUGACGGACGGUUUGAACUCAGUAGACGUCGUCCUGCCGAUACAGGUCCUGCCGAUGAACGACGAACCUCCCCAGCUGGGUGGAGGGCCGGGGGAGCUGAGCUGCGAGGAGGCGGGGCGGGUCCAGGUAACGGUGGACUACCUGUCGGCUACAGACCGGGACAGCGAUGACUCCAGACUGACCUACAUGCUGGCCCGGAGCCCAGGCAGAGGGGAGCUACAGAGAGCCGGAUUGACCGUGGACAAGUUCUCCCAGCAGGACCUGCUGCAGGGACACAUCUACUAUGUCCACACAGGAGGAGAGAUUGGACCUGAGCCGGUGUUUGACACCGUCACCCUCAUCAUCUCUGACGGCGAGGCUGGUGGGACGGACGGUUGUUGCCACGGAGACGCCCCGCCCCCUCCCGUGCCUCUCCACGGCACGCUUCCUGUGUACGACCUCAACAUCACCGUUCUCCCUGUCAACAACAAAGUACCCACCGUCACUCUGGGUGAUUCCAUGUUGGUGGUGGAUGAGGGCUCCUCCGUCUGUCUGUGUGGGGGGGUCCUCGGGGCCUCAGACCCUGACAGCCCCCCCGACCGGCUGACCUUUCACCUGGAGACUCCUCCUCUGCACGGCUUCCUGGAGAACACGCUGCCGACGCCCGGAUCCGAGAAGAGCAACGCAGGAGUGCGAGUCGAAUCCUUCAGUCUCGUCCACCUGACCUCCGGUUUCAUCAACUACGUCCAAUCAGAGAGCAAAGGGGUGGAGCCGACCGUUGACCAGUUGUCCAUUAGCGUGAGCGACGGGCUGCACCGCUCUGCCCCCGUCCCCUUCUACAUCAUCAUCAAUCCAACCAAUGACGAGGUGCCUUCGCUGCUGCUCGCCAACUUCACUGUGAAGGAGGGCGGGAUGAGGGAGCUGACUCCGUCCAUACUGAACGGCUUCGACCUGGACGCCCCCCUGGACGUCCUGACCUUCAUAUUGCUGCAGCCGCCGGCUCACGGCAGCCUGAUCAACGGCAUCUACGGCACAGAGACCAGCCGCUACAAGGAGAUGGGGGCCGACCUCCUCCAGAGGAGCCUCCCCGUCACCUCCUUCACCCUGCAGGAGCUCCGACAAGGCAUGAGGAUCGUGUACAUGCACGAUGACACGGAAACCCUGGAGGACGCCGUGGCUCUGCGGCUGACAGAUGGCGUCCACACAGUCCAGGGGACGGCUCGGGUCACCGUGCUGCCGGUCAACGACGAGAAACCACGACUGCUCAAGAACUCUGGGUUGGAGUUGGGCUCCGGCGAGAGCAGGGUGAUUUCCAGCGUGGCUCUGGAGGCCCAGGACCUGGACACCCCCCCUAACCAGGUGCACUACUUCCUCAACGCCGCGCCGCGUUUUGGAAAACUGCGGCUCAAGACAGAGUCGGGUUGGACCGAGCUGUCGGCGGGUCAGAAAUUCACUCAGGAGGACGUUGAGAUGAACCGCCUGUGGUACGCUCACACCGGAGCCGCCGCUGCUGCCGGGUUCAAAGGUCACGACAGCUUCCGCUUCACCCUCAGCGACCUGGACAACGAGAGCCCCGCGCAGAGCUUCUUCAUCUCCGUCCACACCGUGCGGAAAGGCGACUUGGUGCUUCUGAGCAAGGCAGUGCGUCUGAUGGAGGGGCAUCGCGUCGUCCUGAACACCGACAUCCUGCUGGCGUCAGACUCGGCCGGUCGUCCGGAGGAGCUGGUCUACGCGGUGUCGGUCCCACCGCGACACGGCCUCGUCCACGCCGUCCAGCAGCCGGGCGUCCCCCUGACCGCCUUCACACAGUUGGACGUGGCCGCCCACCGGGUCUGCUACACCCACGACAACAGCCACCAGGCGGAGACGGACUUCUUCAGUUUUGUCGUCACCAACGGCGACUCGUCCCGCAGCGGCACCCUCCACUUCACCAUCGAGCACGGUGACCGCAUCCCGCCGACCCUCCACCUGAACACGGGCCUCCGGCUGCAGGAUGGCUCCACGGAGACCGUCUCCUCCGACCGGCUGCAGCUCACCGACCCCGACACCACCGCCGCCAACCUGAGCUACGUCAUCACUCAGCUGCCACUCCACGGCAAACUGCUGCUGAGAGGCGUCCCUCUGUCACCGCCGCUGACCUUCUCCCAGACGGACGUGGACGAGUUGAACCUGGCUUACCGGCACGACCCGGGUAGCCCGGCGGACAUUGACAGGUUCUACUUCCUGCCGAUGGACGGGAUCAACAGAGGAUACCUUGAGUUUGGACAGCUGAGAGAGGAGCCGGCUGUCUUCAACAUACAGGUGGAUCGCGUGGAUAGGUUACCUCCCAGUCUGACCAGCAGGCGGAGUCCCAGUACAGUGGUGGAUCUGGGCGGUGGGCGAUACGGCAUCCUCAUCACUUCCAAACAUCUGCAGGCCUCCGAUCCUGACAGCCCCACGGAGGAGCUGGAGUUCUCCAUCACCAGACCGCCACACUUUGGCUACCUGGAGAACGCCCUCACAGGAGCUUACAUCAAAGGCCGCUUCACCCAGCGGGACGUGGACCAGCGCUCUGUGGUGUUCGUCCUCCCGGCCGACAUGGAGGUGACGGCCGACAGCUUCCUGUUCCGCCUCACUGACCCGGCAGGAAACACCAUGCUACCCGAAAUACUGGAGCUGUCCUGGUCCCGGGUGGAGCUGUCGGCGACCUGCUACAGAACCUGCGAGACCUCUGGGACGCUCCAGAUCCAGAUCCAACGCAGCGGGAAGAGCAUGGACCCAGCGUACGUCGCCAUCCAGGUGGAGGAGGGAUCGGCUAAACCCGGCAGGGACUUCACUCACAGCACAGCCGGUCUCAUCCAGUUCGAUCCAGGAGUCAGUUUGAAAACCUGGAACAUUUACCUCAUGGAUGAUGGUCUGGAAGAAAACCACGAGACCUUCACUGUCACCCUGAAAAACCCCAAAAACGCCGUCUUGGGACAGAGGAGCUCCGCUAGCGUGGAAAUCAUCGACCCCAGAGGAGGACGCUGCGAUCCAGACGACCUGAAGGUGGAAGAGGAUGAGACACGACUCCCACCUCCUCCUCCUCCUCCUCCUCCUCCUCCUCCUCAUCCUCCUUCCCUCCCAGAUCCUCUGGAGAAGGAGGACGCUGUCACUGACAUCGAGGCGGAGCUACUGUGGGAGAACCGGCCUCACCCUCCACGAGGCGAUGUCCCAAACCGCCGGCCCUACCUGGACUACGGAGACGGGGAACCACAGGACCAGGCGGGCCCCGGCGGCUACGGCCACGUCCGCUACCACAGCAGGCAGCUGCCAGGGGCGGCCACUGGGAGCACUGGGAGAAUUGGCCACAGGGUCAGACAUGGAGGACUGAAGGUCCAUCGGUCCGGAGAGAGGAGGUCUGAGGAGAAGGUCUGGACGUUCCACAGUCUGACUCCUCUCCGGGUGGAGGAGCUGAAGCAGGGGGACGCCGGGUGGAGCCAGUUGCAUCCCGGUCGCCCCCCGCAGGACCUCCGAGUCAGAGAGCCUCCUCAGAUGGACCAUCCAGGACCCAGACACCAACCGGAGCUACGCCAGCGCAAGACGGGGAAGGCGAUCAGCAGCUCCUGUCCUGACGGUUGGACUCACUACAGGAGGAACUGCUACAUGGUGGGCUCGUCUGUUGCCAGCUGGGCCAGCGCCGAGAGGAGCUGCUCUCUGCUGUUUAACAGCAGUCUGACCAGCGUGCGGUCCAGAAGAGACAUGGCCUGGCUAUGGAAGUUCGCAGGGAGGAAGCCAUUUUGGAUCGGUCUGUCUGGAGGUGCGGGUCGCUGGAUGUGGGCUGAUGGUCGGACGCUCUCCUUCUCCAGACUGAGGGGGUCUGAAACCGGCGUCGGCUCGGACUGCGUGCUGGUCGAAAACCCCAGAAGCUGGAUCUCCACAAGCUGCUCCCCUGAAACUCAACACACAUUCAUCUGUUCGUCGCCAGCUCACACUCACUGAGAGGUUUACCGCUACUGUCAUAACAGCCUCUGUGAACAUGUUAAAGUCAUAUUUAAUGAUACGCGAUGAUGCUGCUCUGUACAUUAGUUUUCAUAUUUUUGUCAUAAUAAAGAUCGC